AUGAGUUCGCAGCAUUACAGUUUAAGAUGGAACAACCAUCAAAAUUACAUAUUGAAUGCCUUUGAUACACUUCUCCAAAGCGAAACACUCGUUGACGUCACUCUCGUGUGCGAAGAAACUAAAAUUCGGGCACAUAAAGUCGUUCUUUCUGCAUGCAGUCCUUAUUUUCAAAAGAUAUUUUCCGAAAAUCCUUGCAAGCAUCCGAUAAUCGUAUUAAAAGAUCUUAGAGGAUGGGAAGUACAAGCAAUUGUUUAUUUCAUGUACAAAGGAGAAAUAAGCGUUGUACAGGAUCAGUUACAAAAUUUAAUAAAAGCAGCAGAAUCGUUACAGGUUGGUAUCACUGAUGGACAAUUACCAUCAUUGAUCGUGAGAGGUUUGACACAACCGGAACAAAUUCCCGGAAGUAAAAAGGAUUGCGGUUUUCAAUCCAAUCAUCCAUUUUCACCAUCUCCGAGUUCCGGUAUGUACCAAACAGCCGACCGACUCUUUUCCACGUCGAUAGACAAAGAUUCCCUACCUUUGUCUCCUUAUUCUCCGACUGCAUCGUCUAAUUAUGAUUCACCAUUGAAAAUAACGUCUCUCUCGCAUCAUAUCACUCAUCCGUUCACUGAAAAUCCUUCCGAAUCUACGAGGCAAAAGGAAGAAAGGGAGAGAGAAAGGGAGAGAGAAAGAGAAAGAGAAAGGGAAAGAGAAAGAGAAAAAGAAAGAGAAAGAGAAAGAGAAAGAGAAAGAGAAAAAGAUAGAAGUUCUCCAAUACCUCGAAGAAAACAGGCUCGACCCAUGAGAAGAACCGGAGAACAACAACAACAACAACAACAACAACAACAACAUGCUGUACCUCAAGAUCUUAGCAAAAGAACUUGUUCGCCGGUUAAUAUAUCUCCCGAAAAUUUAUCGUUAAAAAAGUCAUUUACAAACAACAACAACAACAACAAUAGUAUAAGUAAUAACAAUACUAUUUGUAGUAAUAUUUUUAGUAAUAACAAUAACAACAACAACAAUAAUUUAAGCACAAACAACAACAACAACAACAAUAAUAAUACUAAUAAUAAUAAUAAUAAUAGUAACAAUAAUGUAUCAGAGCAAAGAAGUCAAACAGUCGCACCUCCAAGUCCGCCACCACAAAUCCCAACACCGGGAAAUACAAAACAAGAAAUUCAAAGCGAAUCCGAUAUUGAACCCCAAGAAAGAGACAUUUUAGAUAUGCAAGGAAUACCGGAAGAUUUUCUAAUGAAAACGGAAUCCAUUAAUCUUUCUUCUGCUCAUCCAUCGGAUCCCGCGUUGGACAAUCCAAAUUUUCUUCCUAUUCCUUCUUUAUCUGCUUUGUCAAUGACACCGCCACACAUUUUUGCUUUGGAUCAACAAUUGGGACUUUUUUCAAAUCUGGAUAACUGUAGGAAUCCAUUAAUUAGUGACUUACCUGAUCAUCGUAGCGAAAAUCAUAUAAUAAAUAAGAGAAAAAUGGGGAGACCUAAAGGACAACACAGCGCCCCGCGCGGCGGUCCGCCAAGAUCAUGGACAAAUGCUGAAUUGACGGAAGCACUUCAACACGUUUGGAAUAAAAAAAUGACGACGUCACAAGCAUCUAGAAUAUUCGGUAUACCGUACAACAGCUUACUCAUGUACGUUCGCGGAAAAUAUGGGAAAAGUUUAAAAUUAGAACAAUUAAAAAAAGACUGUUUGGGUGGACCCGGAGGACCGCUCGAUCUUUUAGGUUUGAAUCCCCCCCCGGGAAACAACAACAAUCAUCCCCCGGGUAAAGUCAAAACGGAAGAUUUAACACACGGACUGAGACCAUCCGAACACGACAUGUCUUUGCCGUUAGGAUUCAAUCCUUACGCGGCGGCAAAUUUUUAUCCGGAUUUCGGACCUCCGUUUCCGGUUCCCGUGAGCAUGAUACAUCAACUUCCACCGUUUGAUAAAAAGAGAGACUUGUUCAGUCAAUCCGAUAAAGGAAGAGAUAUGUUCGGUCACGAGGAAAAACCAAGAGAUUUAAUUAGUCAAGAUAAACCGCGGGAAAUUUUUCACCACCAACCGGAAAAAGCGAGAGAUCUCUUGCAACAAGCCAUGCAGUUACCACAAGAUUUAUCAUCACCGGAUUCUAAAGAAGAUGAUUUUCGAGGGCUCAGAUGCAAAUCGAGAGACAAUACGGGAAGCUCAUUAGAAUUUGUCAAUAGUUUUCAAAACAAUUGUUAUUAUUUUAUUUACUCUAUGAUUUCAAACUAUCAAAAAAGAAUAGAUUCAAAAUUUUAA